GGGCGCGCGGGGACAAUGGCGGCGGCGGCGCUGGCGGCGGGCGGAGGCCCCGGGAGCGGCCCCGCGGCGGCUCCGGCGGGCGGGCCCGGCCCCGCGCUGGCCGCGGCGCGCCGCAAGGACGGCGGCCCCGCCGGCAAGUUCUGGGAGAGCCCCGACACCGUGUCGCAGCUCGACUCGGUCCGCGUGUGGCUGGGGAAGCACUACAAGAAGUACGUUCAAGCAGAUGCUCCUACCAAUAAAACUUUGGCUGGGCUGGUGGUGCAGCUGCUGCAGUUCCAGGAAGAUGCCUUUGGAAAACAUGUCACCAAUCCUGCCUUCACCAAGCUCCCUGCAAAGUGCUUCAUGGAUUUCAAAGCUGGAGGUACAUUAUGUCACAUUCUUGGUGCUGCUUACAAAUAUAAGAAUGAACAGGGCUGGAGGAGGUUUGACCUGCAGAAUCCCUCGCGGAUGGAUCGGAACGUGGAGAUGUUCAUGACCAUUGAGAAAACCCUGGUGCAGAACAACUGUCUGAGCAGACCAACCAUCUACCUCAUUCCUGACAUGGAGCUGAAGCUGGCCAACAAGCUGAAGGACAUUGUCAAACGUCACCAGGGAACAGUCACUGAAGAGAAAUCCAAGGCUACCCACCAUGUGUAUCCAAGUCCUACCUCAAUGGAUGAUGAUGAGUGGUUGAGACCUGUGAUGAAAAAGGACAAGCAGGUGCUGGUGCACUGGGGCUUUUUUCCAGACAGCUAUGACACCUGGGUCCAUGCCAACGAGAUUGAUGCAGAGAUUGAGGAUCCCCCCAUUCCUGAGAAGCCCUGGAAGGUUCAUGCCAAGUGGAUUCUGGACACUGAUGUGUUCAAUGAGUGGAUGAAUGAGGAGGAUUACGAGGUGGAUGAGAACAGGAAAUCCGUCAGUUUUCGCCAGAGGAUCUCCAUGAAGAACGAGGAGCCCGUGCGGAGCCCCGAGAGGAGGGACAGGAAAGCAGCAGCCAGCACAAGGAAGAGGAAACAUUCCCCUUCCCCACCCCCCACCCCUGUGGAGUCCAGGAAAAAGACUGGGAAGAAAGGCCAAGCAGCUCUCUAUGGGAAAAGGAGGGGGCAGAAGGAGGAGGAUGAACAGGAAGAUCUCACCAAGGACAUGGAGGAUCCCACCCCAGUACCCAACAUAGAAGAAGUGGUACUUCCCAAAAAUGUGAACCCAAAGAAGGACAGUGAGAACACGCCCGUGAAGGGAGGAACCGUGGCAGACCUGGAUGAGCAGGAUGAGGAGACAGUGGCAACUGGAGGAAAGGAGGACGAGGACCCCAACAAGGGUGACCAGAGCCGCUCCAUUGACCCGGGGGAGGACAAUGUCACCGAGCAGACCAACCACAUCAUCAUCCCCAGCUACGCCUCCUGGUUCGACUACAACUGUAUCCACGUGAUCGAGCGCCGUGCGCUUCCAGAGUUCUUCAAUGGGAAAAACAAAUCCAAGACUCCAGAAAUAUACCUGGCCUACAGGAACUUCAUGAUCGACACGUACCGGCUGAACCCGCAGGAGUACCUGACCAGCACUGCCUGCAGGAGGAACCUCACUGGGGACGUCUGUGCUGUCAUGAGGGUCCAUGCCUUCCUGGAGCAGUGGGGGCUCAUCAACUACCAGGUGGAUCCUGAGAGCCGCCCCAUGGCCAUGGGGCCCCCCCCGACCCCCCACUUCAACGUGCUGGCUGACACCCCCUCGGGGCUGAUGCCCCUGCACAUCCGCACCCCCCAGGUUCCAGCUGCCCAGCAGAUGCUGAGCUUCCCUGAGAAGAACAAGGAGAAGCCAACUGACCUGCAGAACUUCGGCCUUCGCACAGACAUCUACUCCAAAAAGACUUUGGCCAAGAGUAAAGGUGCAAGUGCUGGCAGAGAAUGGACAGAGCAGGAGACACUGCUGCUGUUGGAGGCUCUGGAGAUGUACAAGGACGACUGGAACAAGGUGUCGGAGCACGUGGGCAGCCGCACGCAGGACGAGUGCAUCCUGCACUUCCUGCGCCUGCCCAUCGAGGAUCCGUACCUGGAGAACUCGGAGGCGUCCCUGGGGCCGCUGGCCUACCAGCCCGUGCCCUUCAGCCAGUCGGGCAACCCCGUCAUGAGCACCGUGGCCUUCCUGGCCUCCGUGGUGGAUCCGCGCGUGGCCUCGGCCGCCGCCAAGGCUGCGCUGGAGGAGUUCUCCCGGGUCAGGGAGGAGGUGCCCCUGGAGCUGGUGGAAGCCCAUGUGAAGAAGGUGCAGGAGGCAGCCAGAGCCUCGGGGAAGGUGGAUCCAACCUUUGGGCUGGAGAGCAGCUGCAUUGCAGGCACGGGCCCUGAGGAGCCUGACAGGAUGGAUGGAGCUGAGGAGGAGAAGAUGGAGACAGAGGCAGAGGGGCAGCCAGCAGAGAAGGUGGAGAGCAAGGCUGAGAGUGAAAGCGAGGAGGGAGAGAAGGUCCCGGAAGGGGAGAGCGAGCGGAGCGUGGAGAAGGAGCCCGAGGGGGAGGGGGCUGCAGAGCCCAAGGCAGAGGAGAAGGAGGCAGAGGAGAACAAGGAGAACGUGGAUGGCAGCAAGGACAAGGAGGCUGAGGCUGGCAAGAAGAAAGUGGAACAUGAGAUCUCAGAGGGAAACGUGGCCACAGCUGCAGCUGCUGCCUUGGCCUCUGCUGCCACCAAGGCCAAGCACCUGGCAGCUGUGGAGGAGAGGAAGAUCAAGUCCCUGGUGGCCCUUCUGGUGGAGACUCAGAUGAAGAAGCUGGAGAUAAAACUUCGCCACUUUGAGGAGCUGGAAACCAUCAUGGACAGGGAGAAGGAGGCACUGGAGCAGCAGAGGCAGCAGCUGCUGACAGAGAGGCAGAACUUCCACAUGGAGCAGCUGAAGUACGCCGAGCUCAGGGCUCGCCAGCAAAUGGAGCAGCAGCACAGCCAGACCCCCCAGCAGCACCCCAGCGGGCCUGCCAUCACCCCCCUGGGGGCUGCAGCCCACCCAGGGCUGCUGCCCCACCAGCAGCCCCCUCCCUACCCCAUGAUGCACCACCAGAUGCCACCUCCUCACCCACCUCAGCCAGGUCAGAUGCCAGGGCCUGGCUCCAUGAUGCCAGGACAGCCCAUGCCAGGCAGGAUGAUGUCUGUUCCCAUGGCUGGGAACCUGCUGGGGCCACGUGUGCCACUGGCAGCACCCAACGGGAUGUAUCCCGGCCCGGCUCAGGCGCCGCCUGCCGAAGGAGUGACCCCCGCCCCGGCCGGGGCCCCGCCCGCCGCUGCCGCUCCCUGAGCUCCGGCAGCAGGAGCUGCCCCGGCAGCCCCGCGGUGACCAAACGAGAGUUCCUCAGUUCCCUGCUGUCCCCGGGGAGGUGCCAGCAGUGCCUCCUGCUGCUGCUGCUGCUGCGGGCAGCUCCUUCCCCCCGGCUGCUGCCCCUGCAGGGCUCCAGCUGGUUCCCUCCUCCUGGUCUGAGCUCAGCCCCCCAGGCUGGAGUCGUGCAGCUGUGGGGCAGCAGCAGCUCUGGGCUGUCUGGGCACACACAGCACCAGAGGAGAGGCCACACCAGAGCUGGGGGCACAGGGCCAGCAGCCCUGGGGGUGCCUGGAGCUGCCUCUAACUUAUUACAGGAAAUACUGAUCCCUGGGAGUGACUCAAUCCCAAUGGAACCACUCAAUGGUAGGAAGCUCCUGCUCCAGUUUUUACCUUUCUUUGCCUUUGGAGGUGGUAGUUGGACCUUCCCUGAGUAGUUGGGUGCAGUAGCCAACUGAGGAAUAACCCCCUGUUUUUAGUCCCUCUUUUUGGAGCAUAUACUUUGUACUUUUUAAAACGAAGAAAACAAACAAAAAAAAAUUAAAAAAUUAAAGUAGGUAGCGAAGAAGUGCUAGAAUUUGGGAUUGGGUUGGGAUGGCUGGGAUGGGAAUGCCAGAACUACCUCUGGACAGCCAGGGCUGGGACAGCUCCUGUCACCCCCCAGUGCAGCUGCAGGGCUGGGAAGGGAUCAGCUGCAGCAGGCACACCUGGGAGCACCCAGAGCUGCCAAAACUUGGGGGAAACUCCUGCAAAAAGUCCUUUAGUGCCCGUGGUUCAGUUCUGUGCCCUCAUCCUGGCCCAGCAGCGUUGGGGGUUUCCCUGCUGAGGGUCUGGACGUGCUCCUUGAUUCCAGGGGUGCCUUUUGUCCAGCUGGGAGUUGAGGCUGGGCUGGAGAGAGGCUCCCAAAAACCCUGGAACCUCCAGAAGCACUUCCACCAUUUACAAGUUGAGGAUUUGCCAGGUCUUCCAGCACGACUCCAGGUGCCACAGAGAGCAGCCAGGGCCUUCCCAUCCCCCUUCCCAAGGCUUCCUCCCCCCAGGCUCCUUGGGGUGAGCCUGGGCUUCUGGUGCAGCCCUUAGUCCAGUUUAGAGUAACCUCAGGUUGUUUUUAGUGAGUGAUCCCAGGAUCCAGGUGGAGACUAUUUUUUACUGUCCUAGUGCUGAUCCUGCCGAGGACCUGGAUCCUGGGCUCUGUUUUGUUUCUGUAUAAAUAAUCCUGUGCCCACUUUUUCACCUGAUCUCUGUAUAGGGCCGGUUUGAUUCCUGCAGCAGCCACCCAAUUUUGUGAAAUAAAAGCAAAAAAAAGUGGUUUUUGUACAAA